GUGUGUGUUGUGUGUGUGUGUGUGAGUGUGUAUGUGUGUGGGGCCUCAGGGCAGCAGCGUCCACAGACAGUGUUAUGUAGUGACUGCAAGGCAGACCUGGCAGACCUGGAACCAUGGCCACGAAGAACCAGCACUUAGGGCUCACUUGGAGCGGAAGAGGUUUCUGUAUUGUCUAAACUCUGAAGCUGUUUCUGAGUCUGCGUGUCGUUCUCUCUCUCUCUGUCAGGAAGGCUUUGUGAUUGUUUUUGUCUGGUUAGCAGCCUCUCAUCUCCAGCCUCGUUAGCAAGUCCACAUAGUGUUCCCACACUGACGCUAAGCUAGCAGGGCUGCUGGCUCUGCUGGUUGGUUUUGGUGGGAGCUGGACUGUAGGGGAUGUUGUCCGUGCUGUCCUACGGUAGACUGGUUGCCAGAGCUGUCAUCGGCGGACUCUCUCAGACCGACAGCCGGGAUUACAGCCUGGUGACGGCGAGCUGCGGGUUCGGUAAGGACUUCCGUAAAGGGAUCCUGAAGAAAGGGAUGUGCUACGGGGACGACGCGUGCUUCAUCGCCCGACACAGAUCCGCGGAUGUUCUGGGUGUAGCAGAUGGAGUAGGUGGCUGGCGCGACUAUGGAGUGGACCCGUCUCAGUUUUCAGGCACACUGAUGAAGACAUGUGAGAGGCUGGUGAAGGAGGGACGCUUUAUUCCCAGCAAUCCUGUGGGAGUCCUCACGACCAGCUACUAUGAGCUGCUGCAGAACAAAGUGCCGCUGCUGGGUAGCAGCACGGCAUGCAUUGUGGUUUUGGACCGGCAGAGCCAUCGGCUGCACACAGCCAACCUGGGAGACUCAGGCUUCCUGGUGGUCCGGGAAGGGGAAGUGGUCCACCGUUCAGACGAGCAGCAGCACUACUUUAACACACCCUUCCAGCUGUCUAUCGCCCCCCCUGGGGCUGAGGGAGCUGUCCUUAGUGACAGCCCUGACGCAGCAGACAGCUCUUCCUUCGACGUCCAGCUGGGGGACAUCAUCCUCACCGCGACCGACGGGCUAUUUGACAACAUGCCAGACUACAUGAUCUUGCAGGAGCUGAAGAAACUCAAGAACUCAAACUAUGAGAGCGUCCAGCAGACUGCACGGAGCAUUGCAGAGCAGGCCCACGUGCUCGCAUAUGACCCCAACUACAUGUCGCCUUUUGCACAGUUUGCCUGUGACAACGGACUGAAUGUACGAGGAGGAAAACCUGAUGACAUCACAGUGCUGCUGUCCAUAGUGGCAGAAUACACCGACUAGAGUCUGUGUGAAGUCGUGACAGGACUGCUAUCCUGCUGGUCAGGAUGAAGGGCUGACGUCACAUGCUUCCCCCCACAUGUCUGACUCCACUGUGCCCCGGCCCCCCAGCUGACCAUCAAUCCCCUCUGUUCCCUAAAAAAAACCCUCCUCUCCCUCUCCUCUCUGAUCAUGAACAUCAGAGAGUGAAUGGAUAAGAGGACGAGAGGCCUGAAACAUCCCCUUGGCCUGGCUGCAGUGUUGGCAUCUUUGCAGUUUUCCAGUGCUCACUGGUUAAUCCUAUUGCGCAGGAUAAGCAGUCAUUGGGCAGCAUUGGAGAUGACGAUCCUGUCUGACAAGGACAAGUCAUCUUUUUUUCUUUUGGGUGGUUUGCGCAGGGAGGAAGUGGAGAUUCAAAUGGAGGCUGUUGUGGCCAGGCGCUAGGCGUACACCUGUAGACGACCUCUUCCCACCAGUCUGCUGGAUGGGAAAGACACAGUCCAUCAGUGGUGUUGAUAAGGGAACUGCACAGGAUACGGCAGCAUUGGGGCUCAAUAAAUGGGCUGCCUUGUGUACGCAGGUGUUCCUGAUGAUACAGGGGUUGUUAAAAAAAACCUUCAUCAUGGGCCUGGAACUUUGAAUGUUGGUGCAGGGAGCACGUUUGCUUCUAGGUAAUGACCUGUGAGCCGUUCGGGGAUGUUUCGUUGAAUGUUUGCAAAAAACGAGUGUACUGAUAUGUGAACUUUCUACAUCUGUGGUUAGACUUCAAAGGGUCAUUCAAUAAGAUUUGAUGCAGACGAGAGGCAGCUGCCUUUUCAGUGCCAGUGGGAUUCAAAUUGUGCACACUGUUUUUAAUUUCAUUACUGGGACGAUGAUUUUAUAGUCAAAAAGCCUCCACACACAUAUUUUCAAACUGAAGCCCUCCCUUUAAUAUUACAGCUGCUGUUAAUCUUGCUUGUGAGUACAUAGUGUGUGUGUGAGUGUGUGUUAUGAAUGCACAUGUGCUUGUCAGUGAAUUGAAAUGUGUAACUGUCUAUGAAAUGGAUGUGGAGGCUGCAGACUCUUCUGUAUCCUCCAGGCUGAUUUAGUGUCACAGCCUUAAACGCACAAAGCUUAAGAAGCAUAUCUGAAAGAGCUCAAGUUGGAAGUUGGUCAUGUGACCAAAAGUGUAUUUUUGUAGCUUCUUUGUUCAGUGGGGUCGUUGAAUUCUUCAGACUGAUCACCUCAUCAGAGUAGCUUUAGAUCCAGCCCUUCCUUUUCUUCUCUCCAUCCUUUCUGCUGUAAAGUUCCAAAGGCACAUUCACAAGACGGGUCUGAGGAAAGGUCAAUGUUUCCAUUACAUCACUACAGAUUUGCACUCUGCAUUUAUUUACUGCAACCUAAUCCACAGUAGAAAUCCUUUUUUUUUUUAAAUCUGUAUUUUGUGUAAUAUUACAAUGAUGUGCCUUGUAUCAGGUGUUAUUGAUACUGGCAAACGUCCACAACUUCUUAAAACUCUCGACUGUGUGCCGGGUUCUGAGCACAAAGCCUGAAACUGUUAAGUAGCCAUACAAGUGAGAACAGCUUUCCAAUCAUACCCUGCUGUCUUAACCCUCCACUCAGCCUGUCCAACCUUUAUUCUUUGAAGAUUAGGAAUAGUUAUGAAGCCAUCACACACCAAGAAAAUCCUCCCUGUGGGUCUUCAGGUGGAUGUUUACAUUCUGCACUGUCUAACAGACUGGCCCCUUCUUAAUCUGAUUCAUUCACACUGGAAGACUGCAACGUCAGGUUUCAUCUCUUUCAAAGAGGCUCAUGGGCAGUAAAGUGUUAAAGCACUGAGGACAAUCUACACAGCCUUAACCAUAAUACAAAGCAAUUCUCCUGAUCAGACGGUACUUCACUGUUCUCUCUGAGGCUCCCGUUUCCUGAUUCAUCAUCACUGCCCUGACACCUUCCCCCUGUCUCUCAUCCUCCUCUUCCAAACUCUUUGUUACAACCAGAGCAAGUGUCUGUAUAUAUAUUUUUUGGGUGUACAGUUCAGUUGUGUAAGCUCUGUAAAAACAUUUUCAAAUCUGUAAAUAUUUAAAUAAAGAGUAUAAUAUUUAUUA